AUGGAUCGAAGAAUACAUCACUUAUUAAAUGAGUUGAUAAUCUUUAUGUUAAUUAUCAUUGUUAUUUACAGUAUCUUUACAGCGUAUUGUCCGGUUAAGAAUAGAUUUCAUUCGAAUAAAUCAUACAAACAUGAAAAGAAAAUUAAAACCCAAACAAAUAAUGAUGAACAGAUUGUGGAAACUGCUUCAAAAAUUCUAAGCAAAAACUCCGACCAUAUAAUAAAACGAAACAAGUUUGAGAAUUUACCGUGGUAUUUCAAAGAUGGGAUACAAGAGCCUAAUAAAGCGGAAGUGGACCCUACGACUGGAGUUAGAAUUUCACGAUUAUGGCCUGCAGAAGAAAAAAAAGGUGGUGACCGUGUAGAAGAACAACUAAUGUUUAUACCACCCAAUUAUCAAUAUGAAAAUGCACCAUUGAAAACGAUUUUACUAUACAACGGCAUAAGUAACUGGAUGGUAGAUGAAGGACAAAGUGAAUUUUUUUCAAACGAUUGUCCAGUGAAUAGAUGCACAAUUUCAACUAAGACAAAAUUAAUUUAUUCGAUGGAUGCAAUUUUAUUUCGAGAGGAAUUCUAUGAUCCAUUAUCCGAAACCGGUCGUCAAAGGAGUAGUAAACAAAUAUGGAUUUUAUUCUUCCUUCAGUCAGCAUAUUACUCUGGAUUUGAAGUAGGAAAUAAUAUGAUUAACUGGACAGCUACAUAUCGACACGACAGUGAUAUUGUCAUACCAUACGGACGAUGGGCAUAUUUCGAUCCUUCAGUGACUCGAGUUGAACAGUUAAAUAAGAAUUAUUCUCUAAACAAAACGAAACAAGUGGCGAUGAUAGUUACUAAUUGUGAUACUGACAACCAAAGAUUAUUAUACGCAAAAGAAUUGGGCAAAUAUAUAUCUGUUGAUGUAUAUGGUCAAUGUGAACGAUAUAAAAUGAACAAAUUUGAUAAUUUUUUACAAAUAUUAGACCAGGAUUAUAAAUUCUAUUUGGCUUUCGAGAGUUCAAAUUGUAUCGAUUAUGUGACAGAAAAGUUUUUUAUAGAUGGACUUCAGUACAACGUUCUACCGGUCGUGAUGGGCGGGCGCCGGGAGGACUACGAACGGAUGGCGCCUAGACGGUCGUACUUGCACGUGGACGACUUCGACUCGCCCAAACGGCUAGCCGAAUACCUGAGGAAGUUGGACGCUGACGACGACCUGUACAACGAUUACUUCCGAUGGAAGGGCACUGGCGAGUUUAUCGACACAAAGUUCUUCUGUCGGCUGUGCGCGUUGUUGCACGACGACGAAGCUCCGGCCAAGCACUACCGGGACUUGGAGCACUGGUGGCGGCCUCCGGGCGUGUGCGAUCAUUCGACGAAGUGGCUUAAACCGCCGCCAGUAGAAUAA